AGGGAGAGAGGGAGAGACUUUCAACUGUCGUAUGGGAAAAGACCCACUUCAUCAAUUCAGUACAUAUAUAUCUCACAAUCUUCAACGAAAAACACUAAAGAUUUCAUCACAGAACAGAAGAGCCCAGGCUGCGUCUCAUCUCUCUCUCUCUCUCUCUCUCCCUUCAUUUUUUUUUCAAAGAACAAGUAGUCUUACUGUGUAUUGCAGGAGAAAUGUUUGUUCAAGGUUCGCUUAACUUGUUCAACAGUCCACCACUGUAAAAGCAUCACAGGUUCACACUAGAGCUCCAAAGGUAGCAUUUUCAGUUCUCUUUCUCUCUAAAUCUUUGUUGGGUUUUCAUCACCACUAUGUUUUCCAUCUUUCAUUGAGUCUGCCAUUGUGCAGCAUAACCUUCCUUCUCUUGUUGAACAGCCUUGUCUACUAUCUCUUCAAUCCCUCCAACACAUGCUAUUGGGUUCAUGAAUAUUUCAUAUUUUCCAUACUCUUAUUAGUUUCUCAAGUAAUAGACAACUCAGUGCACGAAACUCCUACUAAAGUAGGAUUUGGAGAGGUUGUUUCUAUGCUUUGAAUCCAGAGUCACCAACAGCGCUAACAACAAGCUUUAUUGUUGGACUUAGCAGCCUUAGCAAGUAAUCAUUAGAAAGAUAUAGGAUUCCUGAGCUCGGUCUAGGGGAGAGGUUGUUUCAAUGAUUUGAACUCCUGCCACCAAAAACACUAACAACAAGCCAUACCGUUGUGUCUAGCUACCCUUAUCAAGUAAAAAAGAUAGGAUUGAUGGGGUGGUCUAGCUUGUUCCUACUACUAUGCCUUUCUUUGACUUUCUUUAUCAUGGGUAGCCAUCAAUUACAGUCCUCACAAACCCAAAUACUUCUUCAGCUGAGGAAGCAAUUGGAGUAUCCAAAACAACUGGAGAUUUGGUAUAACAACAGUACCAUAGAUUAUUGCUAUUUGUCAUCUCCACAAGUGGACAUCACAUGCCAUGACAACUCUGUCACUCAUCUCAGAAUCUUGGGUGACAAGCCCAAAAGGGUAGUAACCAACUUUCAUGGAUUUGCAAUUCCUAAUCAAACCCUAUCAGAGACCUUCUCUAUGGACUCUUUUGUAGCCACCUUGGCAAGGCUAACCAGCUUGAGAGCUGUUACCCUGUCCUGUUUGGGCAUUUGGGGUCCACUUUCUGACAAGAUCCAUAGAUUAUAUUCACUUGAACAUUUGGAUUUGAGUUCAAAUUUUAUAUUUGGUUCUGUUCCUCCUAAGAUUUCUAGAAUGGUGAAGCUUCAAACUCUCAAACUGGAUGGAAAUUUCAUCAAUGGUACCUUCCCUCAUUGGUUUGAUUCACUACCAAAUCUAACCAAUUUAAGCUUGUCAAACAAUGAGUUCUCUGGUAAAUUACCUGAUUUAACUACCUUAACUAGCCUAUGUGUACUGGAUUUGAGUCACAAUUCCUUCUCUGGUGAAAUUCCCCGGAAAUAUAGCCGAUUGGUUUGGCUUCAACGCCUUGAUCUCUCAUCUAAUCUUCUAAAAGGAACACCUCCAGCUGCAAUUUUCUCUUUUCCCAACAUAACUCAUUUGGAUAUUUCAUCAAACAUGUUGAGUGGAUCAGUUCCCACCCAUUUGACUUGUGGAAGUCAACUUCAGUUUGUCGAUGUAUCUAACAACAGGUUCAGAGGCUUGUUGCCUUCUUGUUUGAGCAAUGCAUCAGAUAAGAGAGUUGUUAAGUCUGCUGGGAAUUGCUUGUCAACUCAUUUGGGACAUCAUCAGCAUCCAGAAUCAUUUUGUGUGGAAGUUCACAUGAAGAGGAAAGAAUCCAAAACAAAGGAUGUAGUAAUAUUAGCGUGUGUCAUUGGAGGAGUUUUCGGAGUUUUUGUGCUUUUAGCAUUCAGCUUUCUUGUUGUUAGCAGAAAAUACUGCCCACGAGGAACGUCGGAGCAACAUUUGCUGCAUAAGGAUGUGCAGGACAAUUCUGUGACAGGCUACUCCUCGGAUAUCCUAAUGAGUGCAAGGUUUGUUUCUGAAGAAGCAAAGCUAGGCAUAGAAGUUAUGCCAUUGUGUAGGUUGUUUUCUUUGGGAGAAUUAAUGGAAGCUACAAACAACUUUGAUAAGUCUACCUUAAUGGGUGAAGGUUCUUAUGGGAAGCUUCACAGAGGAAGAUUAGAGAAUGGGACACAAGUAGCCAUUAGAUGCCUGACUUUGUCAAGAAGAUACACAAUCCGAAAUCUUAAACUCAGAUUGGAAAUGAUUGCAAAGCUUCGGCACCCACAUUUGGUUUGCCUCUUGGGCCACUGCAUUGAUGUUAGUCGACACAACGAAUCUAAUGCAAGCCAAGUCUAUCUUAUAUAUGAAUAUGUGCCCAAUGGGGAUUAUCGCACACAUCUCUCAGAGAAUAGUCCAGAAAAGGCCCUCAAUUGGUCGGACAGAUUGGCAGCUCUAAUCGGUGUUGCAAAGGCAGUGCACUUCCUACAUACUGGAAUAAUUCCCAGUUUCUUUAACAACCGAUUGAAAGCUAAUAAUAUACUGCUGAAUGAGCAUCAUAUGGCAAAGCUGAGUGACUAUGGCCUCUCUAUGUUUGCAGAAGUUGAUAAACGUGAGGCAAAGGAAGAUUUUCUUAAAUCAUGGCAAAUGAAAUCGUUAGAGGAUGAUGUUUAUAGCUUUGGAUUCAUAUUACUUGAGUCAAUUAUUGGGCCAACCAUAUCUGCAAGGAGGGAGGCGUUUUUGCUAAAUGAAAUGGUGUCCUUCAGCAGCCCAGAUGGCCAAAGGGAGAUCGUGGAUCCACUCGUACUGGCUACUUGUUCACAAGAAUCGCUGUCAAUCGUUAUCUGCAUAGCGAAGAAGUGCAUUUCUCCGGAUUCAUCUCCUCCGUCUUUCGAGGAUGUACUCUGGAACUUACAGUAUGCAGCUCAACUGCAGGAGGCAACUGUUGAUGGUGACCAAAGAUCCGGGGCACAGUCACCUUCAUAAAGUUGUUCUCAGUGAUACGUGCCUCAAUAUUUCUAGCUUUCACACACUUUGCCUAUAGUUUUGUUGUUGGAAAUUGUAAUGUAUGUGUAUUUUGUAUGCAUGUCUAUUAGUCCUGACAAAGAUCAAAAGGUGAGUGAUAAGUUUCUGUAAAUUUUCUAUGUCAUUGAGCCUUUAGAUAAACUUAUGUGUAUGACACUUAUGUUCUUUUAGAGCAUGUACUCUUGUGACUGGUAUUAUUUCUUGAUCUGCGAA